AUGGCUCUCCCCGCAUGGAACCUACUCAAAGGAAAGACCGCCGCCAUCACCGGUGGCACAACGGGCAUUGGUCGAGCAAUUGUCUUGGAAUUUGUCCGUCAGGGAUGCAACGUCGCAGUUAACCAUCUCGCCUUAGACGACUCACACACCCACAGCCUCCUCGAAGAAGUGAAAGCCAUUGAGAAACAAGGAAUCAAUGCAGGCAAAGUGCUCGAGCUCGCAGGCGACGUCACAUCCCCAGAGACCAGCAGCAAGCUCAUUUCCGAAGCCGUCAGCCAAUGGGGCAAACUAGACAUCUUCGUUGCGAACGCGGGAGUCUUCAAACAAGCAGAGUUCCUGAAAAUUGAACCCGCUCUUCUAAACCACAGUGUCGACGUGAAUAUCAAAGGAGCCUUCUACUCCUGCCAAGCCGCAGCACGCCAGAUGGUAAAGCAAGGCCACGGCGGCUCAAUCAUCGGAAUUUCCUCCGUCAGUGCCCUGGUAGGCGGUGGCCUGCAGACACAUUACACACCUACUAAAGCGGCGAUCUUGUCCAUGAUGCAGUCUAUGGCUAUCUCGCUGGGUAAGGAUCAGAUUCGGUGCAAUGCGUUGAUGCCUGGCACGAUCAAUACGCAGCUCGCCGAUCACGAUAUGAAGAAUCCGACAAAGAAGGCUGCGCUUGAGGCGCGAAUUCCGCUUGGUCGAAUUGGGAGUCCCGAGGAUAUGGCUGGGCCAGCUGUGUUUUUGGCUUGCGAGGAGAUGAGUCGUUAUGUUAAUGCUUCUGGGCUGUUGGCCGACGGGGGUAUGUUUAGUAACUUGCAGUGA